CUUAUUCCCAACCACGUCUUUUCCACUUCAAAAUAUCUCUCUCUCUCUCUCUCUCUCCCUACUAUGGCUCUCUUCACUUCCAUCUCCACUCCACAACUCUCCGUCUCCGUCUCGAUCCGCCGCGGCGGCCGCCCUUUAAACAACCGCGGCCGCCUUUUGUAUCCCUGUGCUUCUUUGAGCUCCUCACCAUCAUCAUCAUCAUCACCAUCUUCUGAGUCAAAACCAUCAUCACCAACAAAAGAGAGUACCAUACUUUCAUCUACCACUGGUUCUUCAUCAAAACCGUUUGUUGUUGAGCCCUCUAGACCCCCAGACUCGAACCUCAACUACGCCCUUGCAAACCCAAAUGGCAGCCCGAUCUUCCGGUUUGUGAAGGGUGCUGAGUCCAACAUUGAGAGGACAAUUUUUGACUUCCGCUUCUUGGCACUUUUGGCUGUUGGAGGCUCAUUGGCCGGUUCACUCUUGUGCUUUCUGAAUGGUUGCGUUUAUAUUGUAGAGGCAUAUAAAGUUUACUGGUCAAGCUGCGUCAAAGGGAUUCAUUCAGGACAGAUGGUUCUACGACUAGUUGAAGCUAUAGAUGUUUAUCUUGCUGGGACUGUCAUGUUAAUAUUCGGUAUGGGCUUGUAUGGACUAUUUAUCAGUAAUGUGCCCUCUGAUGUGCCUGCUCCUCUUGAUCGUUCCCUUAAAAGCUCUUCUUUGUUUGGAAUGUUUGCUCUCAAGGAGAGGCCUAAAUGGAUGAAAAUUAGCUCACUUGAUGAAUUAAAGACAAAAGUGGGACACGUUAUUGUCAUGAUUCUUUUAGUUAAGAUGUUUGAGAGGAGCAAGAUGGUUACAAUCUCCACCGGUAUGGAUCUAUUAAGUUAUUCUGUAUGUAUUUUCUUAUCAUCUGCUUCUUUGUACAUCCUUCAUAAUCUGCACAGACCAGAGUAGGGAUUUGAGAUAUUUAAUAGGAAAAAAAAAUGUAAUAUUAGUUUAUGCCUUGGAGCAGAUGUUCUUGUUCCAAAAGAAUGCUUAUGGAGUUUUUGGAAGCUUCUUCCUGAUAAUUCUUACAAGAGUUGUAUGA